AUGGGGGAUCCUAAUGUGGAGAAUCUAUAUAAUCAUGUGGCUCCAGAUCAAGAGCCUGUGCAGGUGGAUCAUGAUCAUGAGAAAUGUUUCAGAGAAACCCAUAUCAUACCUCCUGCCAGAGAACUCUUGCCAAACGAUGGUGCAGGUGGGGAAUCCUGUGUCCCUAUAAAUAGAGUUGCAGAGCCAUAUGAUAAUGUGUACAAUUAUUUAGACACCCAGUUCAGGGUUAUAAGAGAAGACUUACUUGAAGCUUAUAGGGAGUGUGUGAAGAAAAUUAGAGGUAGCCAUAAGAAUACAUGGGAGUUUGUUGAGCAGAAAGGGUCCUCUGAUUUCCAAGUUUAUAACUCUGUUGAAUAUGUGGGGAUGAGAGGAGGUAGAGAUGGUGUGGAGUAUGGUCUUUCAUUCAAUGUAGGUCAUCGUGGGGGUAAACAUGUAGAGUGGGAAAAAUCCAAGCUUUUAAUGAGCAAUUCAUUGCUUUGCAUAUCUCAAGAUGGGUUUCAAACUUUCUCUUGGGCUACAGUUUGCAAUAGGGAUAGGCUUAAGGAAAAUCUGAUAGGCGUCAAACCAGUAGAUGUCCACGAGUUAAAUCUUCAGAGUGGAGUUUUUUACACUAUGUUUGAGUCCUCCAAAGCCUAUUAUGAGGCCUAUGUUCAUGUGCUCAAGAAUAUCCAAAGGCCAGAAAUGGACAAUAUUAAGUUUACAGAACAGUUAGUUUAUCUGGAAUCCAACACAGCACAGCUUGAGUAUAAUUUUAAUUGGAAGCAAGUAUGCAAAUGUGAUUCUAUUGAUGAUAGUCAGGAGGCGGCCAUUAAUCAUGGGCUCACUGAAAAAUUGGCUAUUAUUCAGGGCCCUCCUGGCACUGGAAAAACAUUUACAGGGUUGCAAAUUGUGAAGGCUUUGCUUUAUAAGAAAAUUACAAAUUCCUCUGGUCCCAUUCUCAUAGUCUGCUUUACUAACAGAGCUCUGGAUCAAUUUUUGGAGGGAAUAUAUGAAUAUGAGAAAAGUUUAGCAAGGUUAGGAUCUAGAACCCAGAGCUCUAUUCUUAUCAAAUGUACUCUAGACCACCUCAUGGACAAGAGGAAGAAGAAAAAGAAGAGUAAUGGAGUACCCAAAAAGUUUUAUCAAGAGUUACAGAAAGCAAACAAAAAUAAAGCAACCUUGGCUAGGGUCUUAGAAGAGAAAUGCUUGCAUGGAAUUAUCCCCACAGAAGAAAUAUCAAGAUUAUCAAGUGAAUAUAUGAAUGCAUGUUGCAGGCUACAAGAUGCUAAGAGAAACAUUCACUGUUUAUUGCUUGGUAACUUGAAGGUGGUGGGUAUGACUAGCACCUUUGCAGCUAGAAAUUAUGAACUUUUAUCAUCUUUGAAAUCAGAGAUCAUGGUGGUUGAAGAAGCCGCACAACUUUUAGAGGGUCAGAUCCUUGGAUGCUUAAAUCCUUGCAUUAAGCAUCUGAUACUCAUAGGCGAUCAUAAGCAGCUCAGGCCAUCUGUGGCAUCUCCAGUGUUUGCAAAUACGCAUAAGUUAGAUUUCUCAAUGUUUGAAAGGCUUGUAACAAGUGGAUUAGAAUAUAAAACAUUGGAGGUACAGAGGAGAAUGAGACCUGAAAUAUCAGCACCUUUAGUAUCAACAUUUUAUCCCAUGUUAAAAGAUCAUCCAUCUGUUUGUGAAUUCCUUGAUGUUAAAGGUGUUAAGGGAAAUGUGUUGUUCAUUGAUCAUCACAACCCUGAAGAUCCUUCUCAGUUUGGAAGCAGAUCUAAUGCCAUGGAAGCUGACAUGGUGGUUCAGUUUUGCAUGUACUUAACCAAUUCUUGUGGCUACAAGCCACUAGAUAUUACUAUUCUGACCAUGUAUAGAGCUCAAACAGAUGUAAUCACAAAAAAAAUAGGCAUAUCAUACCCUUUUCCAGGAAGAAAAUAUCACAGGAAUGCAUCUAACAAGUGGGUACCUGAUAAGAACACAAUUGAUCCUGAUGAAUAUGUGCCAAAAGUAAGAAGUGUGGAUGAAUUCCAGGGAGAAGAGAGCAAUAUCAUUUUGCUUUCUUUGGUAAGAAACAUCAAUCCUAAUUUGAAUGUAAAAACAUCAGAAAAUAUAGGAUUUCUCAACAUUCCAAACAGAAUUUGUGUUGCCCUUUCCAGGGCUAGAAUUGGUCUUUAUAUCUUUGGAAAUUCAAAGCUGCUCACAGAUAAUUCUCUCGUAUGGAAGGAUAUCAUAAAGCAUUUUACAGAUAAUGUGUACGUUGGUAAUGGAAUACCACUAUACUGUCCUAGACAUCCAGAUGAUGCUGGACCUGUUGUUACCAAAUCUCAUGAUUUAAGGAGGAAGAAUGCAGAAGCACAGGCAAAGUCUGCAAUGGUCUCAGAGAUCUGCUUUUAUCAUGAUAGUUGA